AUGGCAAAAACCAGAAGUUGCGGGUCUCUUGAGCAGACGACGAGUGGAUAUAGCCUGCGUACAGGAAACGAAAUGGAAGGGUGGAAAAUCAACGAUGUUGGAGAUGGUUAUAAGCUUCUCUAUAAUGGCACAACCAGCAGUCGAAAAGGAGAGCUUGACGACUACAUCACAUCCAUACCACAGGAUGAGAUACUACUGCUCGCAGUCCUAAACAGUCAUGUGGGAGAGAAAAGAAAUGGUGCGGGAAAGUGUCACGGGAACCACGGAUACGACACAUGCAAUGAAGAAGGCGGACGCAUUCUGGAAUUCGCCACAGCGUACAACUUAGCAUUAGUUAACAUGUACUACAUCAAAAAGCAUGAACACCUGAUUACGUAUUCAAGUGGAGAUCGUCUAAUACAAAUUGAUUACUGGGCAAUGCGUUACAAUAACCUGAGAAAUAUAAUGGAUUGCAAAGUUAUCCCAGCUGAACGACAAAGAGAACAACCCAUGACUAACAACAAAGCACGAAUGAAGUGGUGGAAAUUAGGGAACUCUCUGGCCAAAGAAACUCUGGUAAGUACUCUACCUCUACCGGCCGUAUAAGGAGUCUACUGGGUCACACGAGGCCAGGAAGAAGAAGAAUCGACAAAGAAACUUGAUGGUGGAACGAUGAGCAUCGGCACAGCCAUCCCACCUGCUGACCCUGUGAAAGGACCAGUCACUCAUAACAACAGAGGAAGUAUGGCUUGCUAUAGCAAGGCCAAAGAACGGCAACUGGUCCAGUUGACAUACCAAGCGAUUCUGGAAAGAAUGCAGAUGGCUCGGUGCCUCAAGGCUUGCAGGCUUCUUUAA